CGAGGCCGCGGGCACUCUGUGGAGCGCCGCCUCCUGGGCGUGCCAGGCCUCCGGCGUGCCCCCGCCGCCGGCGCCGGCGCCCCUGCGCGCGCUGGCGCGCAAGCAGGUGGCGUUACUUAAGCACGUGUGGCUCCAGAGCAAGCAAGGUGAUGUGGACUCCGUGUUGGAGGCCAUCGAGAGCUUCGCGCGGACGCAUGAAUGGCUGAAGAUUGCCGGCGGUGACAAGGCGCGGCUGCUGGCGGCCUGCGUCCGGGCAGGCAAACCGCGAGGCCGCCUUCGGUGGCGCUGGCGGACUCGGCACUGGUGGUGUGCAGGCGUCUCCGUGCCCUCGGCGGCGGCGGGCGCAUCAUCUCGUGCGAGCUCGACGCCGCGACGGCCUACGUGGCGCGCGAGGUGCUCGCGUGGGCGGGCGCCGGCGCAGAGGUGAGCGUGCGCGUGGGUCGGGCAGCAGACUGGGCCGCCAGCGGCCAGCUGGGCGAGACCGACCUCCUGGUGCUCGACCACCGAGGAGCGCGGUACCACGAGGAGACCACCCGGUCGCAGACGGCGGCCCCUACACAGCGCGGGGCGGGGUCAGUUCUCGGAUGAUUUUCAGCGGGUGAUUCAGGAACAUAUCCAUAUGAGGCGUUCCAGAAAGUGCCUCGCCUUCGAGGAUCGAAGUAGCUGUCACUUGUUUUCGUUUUACCGAGUCGUAGUGCGUCGUCGUGUUUGUCCCACACCGUGUGCGACAGGUCCUCGUUUGAGGGCAGCGUACCUCGCACGCCUGCGAGCCGCGGCACCGCCUCCCAGGACGAUGGCAGCUGAGAUUGAGCCUGAAACUGCGCUAAGCUUGAGGACAAGUGAGGCAUUUCAGAGAGGGCCUCUCCUUCGAGGAUUGAAUGAGUUGCCAUCUUUUCCUCGGCGGAAGGGCGGCGGAAGCCCGCGGAAGUACAACGAGGCGACAUCCGCCAGCGGAAGCCGGCGGAAGGCCGGCGGAAGGCCGGCGAAGGACCCAACCAUGUGCAAUUGUGAG